AUGCACCAAACUCCGGCCGACGCCCGCCAGAGGCGCAUCAUUCAACUCUCGCAGCAAUGGGGUUUUACCUUUCCGCCUAGCGCACCUGCUCCCCUUGCACGGCCGCAGCAGCCGCCCUCCUUCAGAACGCAAGCCGACGAUGAGGUCGCCGAAGGCCUAUUGCAGAGGAGAUGCGCCGAAGUCGCCCAGCUACGGCCCAAGAGUGGUCUUUCCCGAGCUUUCUCAUCUGGCAAUCUCAAGAAGGGCAAGCAUUGGGACACGAAGGAGAUCUUCAAUGUGUUGAACUCUUGGGUUGAUAGCUCCGGAUCUGCCGGUGUUGCUGAAGCUCUCAUCGCAAAGUUGGCGGCUGCGGGUAUCGAUCUUAGCGGCAUGCAAACACACAAAUCUGGACUAUUGAAUCGACGUCGCAGUUUCGAUAAUGGUGUCGAUCGCACACGACUGCUUAAGUCUGCUAUCGAGCGAGAUCAACUCGAAAUGGUCCAGGUUCUCAUCCCUCAUGCUGACCCCCUGUCACUCGAUACCUGUCUCCCAGCGGCCAUUAGGACUAGAAACCCACAAAUCGUCGAAGUUCUUCUCAGAUACGGCGCGAAUGCUUCCCAAACUGCCGAGGGCCAGGAUGAGUUCCGCCAAGCCUGUUCUGUGCCUGCUCUAUCGGGCAUUGUUGCACUCAUUCUACGAUCAGAGGGGCGACCAUCACCGGUUUGCGUCUCGCAAGGAUUGACAGACGCUGUAAGAUCAAAGUGUUUCGACACUGUUCUGCAUCUCAGCCGCUCUACAGCAGAUGGAAACUACAAUCAAGCUGAAGCCCUCAAAAUUGCGAUCAACAACGAGCGAAGAGACAUCGCGAUGGCCAUUGCCACCGGAAACAAGCCUCCUCAAAGCCCAGGCCUGGAAGAGGCAUUCGGGAUACUCAUUGAACACCCAAAGCUAAACCCAAAGAUGAAGCUCGACUUUGCCGAACUUUUACUCUGCUGUGGUGCCCAAGGCGAAAUUCUUGCUCGAUCGCUCGAGCUGGCUUGUGAGUCUCAGUUCUUUGAGAUGGCUGAUCUUUUGGCCCGUUAUGGAGCUUCUGUUGAGCAUAAUGAUGCCUCUGCUCUGAAGGCUGCCGUAUUGAAGGGCCAAGUGAGUCUCGUCAGUUCUUUGCUCAAUGGGUCUACUGCCAUUGACCCUGCCCUGGCAUCGGACUGUGUCUCUUUGAUCCCACAGCAAGCGCCAGCUGGAGCGAGACAAGCGUUGCUUCGUAUUCUGCUCAAGAAGGGUGCCAACGGUGCUGCCUUGAACGAAAGUCUUGUCCUAGCAGCCAAGUCUGGAGAUACGGAAUCAGUCGAGCUUCUUCUGAACCCUCACUUUCAUGACCAAACGAAUGGACACCCAAAUGGCCACGGGAAGCCACGCAUCAACAAUCGCCAUGCUGUCGCGUCCCCAGAUUUCCAGAAUGGGGAGGCCUUACGCACCGCUGUCAUGAGAGGAGACGCAGACAUGACCUCGAGGAUCCUUGCCGCAAGGCCUUCGAAUGAAACCCUCUCGGCAAUUUUCCCCAUGAUCAAGAGCCUCCCGAAUGGAGACCGAUAUCACAUGGUCGAACUUUUCCUCAAAGGGGCAUUGACUGGCCCAUGUUUGCACACUGCCCUGCAAGACGCGAUCAGUGAAGACCCUUACCAGAGAGAUGACGCACUCAUUAAACUACUUUUGAAGUACAAUGCGGAUAUCAACUAUAACGAAGGAGCUGGGCUGCACGCCAUCAUUGCACAGAAGGAUCUCGGACUUCUCUCUUCGUUGAUGCAAGCCGCUUCUCCCCAGACAGCAGCGGCACGCAUACAAGAUGUGAUGAAGGUUACAGACCACCGAGCUCGCUAUGAUAUGAUGGCAAUGCUGUUCAACGCCAGAGCAAGUGUUGGAGUGCAGCAUGUGGCUGAUGCUUUGCUCGCAACACUGUCGGAGAAGCCAGUCGAUAUGUCCCUUCUCCAUCUCAUUCUGCAACAAGGAAGGGCCGACAUCAACGCCCUUGGCGGCCAGAUACUCCAAAAGGCCGUUCAGAAUCCGGAUCCAAAGGUCCUUGAUACAGUCCUUAGCAUUGGAAAGCAGAAUGUGGAUACAAUACCUCGUUGUCUCGACGGAUUGGCACCGCUUCCGUCCACAGACAACAAGGCUUGGAAGCUCGGUGUGAUAUUAUCAAAGUCGGCCAGAAAACUCGACCUGAACUCGAUGCUAGUUCGGGAAGUCCAAUCUCUCGUUCAAGAUAGCUCGGAUAAAUCGUCCAUGUCUACCUUGUCCACGUUGAAGAAGCUGCUGGAGUGUGGCGCUGAUCCCAAUGCGUACCAAGCACGGCCCCUGUGUACUGCAGUUGCUGCGGCUCGAGAGCCACUGGUUGACAUCAUGUUUAACUGCGAGAAAGCUCCAACCCCGGCUUCACUUGCGGUUGCUUUGCCUCAUGCGCUGUCUAUUUCGGACCCCAUGAACCGCUUGGCUUUCACCAAGACAUUGGUCGAAGCUGGCGCCCUACCACGUGAGGUCAACAGGGCACUUGGUCAUGCUAUCGGCCAUUUCACUUCUGAUUUUGCGCUGGUUAGUACCCUGGCCAGCUCUGCUGAUGCCUCAGAUGGCGAGGCCUUGGCCUUGGCUGUUUCGAAGGAAUCACCUGAAAUCCUUGACCUGCUUCUCUCGCGGACCAAGCAUACAAUUGAGAUCAGGAACUCUUGCCUGGACACAGCAAUGAAGAUUACGGACUGGACAUCGAGGCUUGCCAUUUGCAGUCGGCUGGCGAAAGCUGGGGUAUCCCCGCAAGCAGCCUCCAACGCAUUGCUCAUCGCGGCUCGUGAUGGAGACCUUGAGCUUGGAGAUGUCCUGAUUGCCCAUGGCGCAAGCAUCUCGACAAAUGACGGUCAGGCCAUUAUCGAGGCAUGCCGAGGUGGCUCUGUUGAGGUUCUGGAUGUCCUUCUGAGGUCAAAUGUUGACGUUCAGAAACUCACUCUUGAGCGAGGCUUCCAGGCUGCCACUGAAGUUGGAGAUCUAAACAAGAGAGCUAUGGUUUUUGAACGUCUCCUCAAGAGAGGCGUCUCGGGUGAAGUUGUGGACAUUCAACUCGUGUCGGCUGCCAAGUCCGGCGAAGCAGGGAAAGAGAUUCUGCGAGUUGUGUUGGCAGCUGGCGCAGACCCUAAUUACAGCAACGGUGAAGCGGUCGUAGCGGCAACGAGGAGUGCUUUCGUCGGAAAUCUUGAGUUGUUAUUGGGGCUAUGGCAUCAGGGGAGCAACCAGAAGAAGGCAUCACCCCCAACAUUGAUAAGAGCGUUGAAGGCAUGCUGGAAGCUAAGUAGCGACAUUCGAUACCAGAUUGUUGAGGAUCUGUUCAAAGCCGGCAUGUUAGCUACUGACGAGGUCCACAUCGCCUUGAGCAAGGCUGUUGGUGAGGAUGAACCAGACGAAAGACUGAUUCAACUCUUGCUUGACUCUGGAGCAUCUCCCCUGACCAAUGGCUGCUAUGCUAUGGUCCAGGCUGUUCAGGGUGUCAAAGCAUCUCCGUUGAAGCUGCUGUUGGCGCGAGACAUCUCUGAGCAAGACAUCAACCGGAUCUUUUCGGGCGGGUUUACGGCCGAGAAAUUCGCAACGUGGUUUAGCCCGGAAGGUUUCGAAGUCGCAAAGAUGCUCCUGGAAAAGGGAGCAAACGGGGACGCUCUGAGUGGUGCCAUGGUUCUGGUGAUGAAGAACAGCACAGACGAAACUGAGUCGCUGGCUGACCAAUUCGUUGAGCUCUUCAUUGAACAUGGCGUGGAUGUUGACUACGAGAAUGGGGAACCUCUGGUUUGGGCGGCGUCGAAGGCCAAUGCGUUCUGGACAGAGAAGCUACUCACUUGCAAGCCAUCAGCCCAAACGCUUUCCCUUGCCUUUGAACGUUUGUUCGACACGGCGAGGUCCCCCGACGAGGUGUUGAGGCUCUUUGAACUGUUUUCUGGAUACCGAGAUGGUGAGGUUGGGCUGGAUAUCAUGGUACGGAGUCCUGGAUCCGAGCCAAUUCUGGUCAAAGCAAUCUCGCAGUAUCCAAGAUCAUCCGAGGUACUACAGACAUUGCUGGACGCCGGAUUCUACCACGACCAGACCACAACAUAUCGCAUCCACGAUAAGGUCGACGAGCCUGAAGAAGUGACGGUCUUGGUAUGGGCCAUUGCUCAACCGCAGAAGAAGGUCAGCUCGAACCUGAUCAAGAUGCUGAUUGAGCGCGGCGCCAAUGUCAACUUUGAAACAACGAUUAGCAGGACGACACCGCUGAUGCUGGCCAUUCAAACUCGUCGGCCAGACAUUGUCAAAGAACUACUCAUUGAAGGCGCCAACGUCGAUGUUACCGAUGCCAUGGGUCGAACACCACUCUCGAUGGCGACUGAAAUCGGUGGUGAACUAUCUACUCGGAUGAUGGGCAACCUCCUCGCCAUUGACCAGUCGGAAGAUGAUGGAUCGUUGCACAACGCUGCCAGGGAGCUGAAUCUGGCGGCUGUAACGGUUCUUGUGGAGCACGGUCACCAUCCUGAUUUCCCCAGCCCAUUGCACGACGGUCGCAGUGCCCUAGGAGAGGUCUGCCUCAAUGGAUCCAACUCGGGAGCGCUCACGGCGGACCGGGAAAAGCUCAUGAAUAGGGUCAUGACGUUCCUGGUCAAGGCAGGGUCUGACCUGAGCAUCAAGUCACAUGGAAAAUCAUUGCUUCUUCUCUGCUUUGAAGCCUCGGACGCCCUCGCGACCACCCGUGUGUUUUUGAAAGCAGCCAUGUGGAAGGAUAUCAACAAGCCCUUUAACCACUACACUGAUGGCGAGUAUACUUACUCGCCAACAAUGUAUAUCAAGAAGGUUAUGCCCGAGUCGGACACGCGGGACCAACUUCUCGAGCUACUGCAAAAGAACCGGGCGGUGGAUGUGUACUAUGCGAACUCGGGAGACCAGCCAGAUGAUGCCAUUGGUCUGCCAGCUGAUAUGGAGGUCGAAGAGCGAGAACGAAGAGCUCGACUUAGGCGCAUUAUGCUCGAGUCGGAAGACCACGCUAUUGCUCUCGCGCGGAGAAAGGAGGUGGCCAAUGUGGAAAGAGAAAUCUGGGAGAACAAGGCAGAGAUUGAGGAUGCCCGCCGACGCAAGCUUCAUAAUGAAGACCUCAUGGCGACUCGACACAAGGCUGACUUGGAGGAAUCGCUCUUUAAUUCUGCCCUGAAGAGACGCCUUUCAGAGCAACAUAAGCUGACCCAGUCAAGCCUCGACCGCACAAAGGCGGUGGCCGCGGCGGAACUGAAGGCCGAGGAGACACGACAGCAGAAGAUGCUGGAAUGGGAAACCAAGAUGAAUACGGAGCGCGCAAGUAACGCUCAGGCGCUCAGCAGCCUGCGGGUUAGUGAACGGGAGGAGCUGGAUCGCAUCGAGAGAGGAUCCGAUGAACGGAUUAACAAGAGAUUGGAGGCUCAAAAGAAGUUGGUAGAGACACAGGAGAGGCUGGCGAAGCGGAUAGCUUCGGUUCCAGGAGGUGCGGACGCAAGGAGACAGAUUGGAUUCGUGGAGGAGGUUAACUAA